AUGGCUCUCGUUCCUCAGGAGACAUACCAGGUGCUCCACUGCAAGCACAAUGAAACGGCUAUCGAGGAUGAGCCAGAGAUCACUGCGUGGGUGAAGCGGACCAAGAUCAAUCCCGUUCACCCUUUUGUCGUCUGGGCCAAGGGAGACACGAGUGAGCUCACGCAGCUCUACCAAGAUCUUCCAAAGGAAACCACCCACGGGUACCCCAGCUCUGGUAUCUCAUUCGGCCGGGCCAUGAUCAGCCCCAGCAUCGAUAUUACAACUGCUGGGGGUGAGAAUCUCCCAAGAUACCUGUGGCGAGCCACCCAUGACGGCCAGCCCUAUGGUGGCCUCAGGUCCAGAGGCCAAAACGGCGCACCUCCGCCGUAUUUUGCGGCUCAAUUCAUCUUGCACUGCAACUGGAAGUCGCGUGAUCCGAGCCCCUUCAUGUCAUGGACGAGCGAAAAGGGAAGUGCCUACUUUGUGGCAGCUUCAUACCAGGCAAGAGGCUACAAUAACGUCAAGGUCACCCGCGUCGAUACUCAGGGAGAGGGAUGGGAUCGGGAGCGCCAGAAGAUCUGGCGGGUCGCUUCACUGGUCAAUGCUCUCAAGUAUCCAGGUCUCGCCGGCCGGGACGUCUUAAUGCACGAGUAUCUCAUCGAGAACUCAGUGCCCGAGGAGGCAAUCGAAUCGUUCAACUGGCUUGCAUUGGUGAAAAAGUCCCUUGAAGCUCAAGAUAAAGCGGCCUUUGUCCGCUCUCGAUGGAACGCUCAUUGUAAGGCGGUCGACGCCAAGAAGAAGGAGAAACAGAAAGAGAAGGACGAUGAGAUUGAUGCCUAUGCCAAGGAGUAUAAUCUUUCCCGGGACGAGGCUACUGAAUGGUACGAAGAGGAUGCUAGGGAGAGAAGGUCAAGUUGCGUCAAGACAUUUCGAAGACGCUACAAAGAACACAAGCGUUUGCUACAGAGGAGAAGCUAG